AGACAUUGUCAACAUGGUGCAAGCCAUCGACAUUGCUGCCAUAACAGGUCACAAUGAAAUGGACCAAACAAAACAUUCCAAACCCUCAACACUGCGUCGCACCCUAAAUGCCCUGCGUCAACGUCUAACGAAACGUAAUCGUGCCAAACCGCCCGAUUGGUUUGUCGAGCGUUUCUCCAAUAACACAAAUGCCGAUAAAAUCGGUAGAACACCAGCCUCAACACAGGUCAGCACGACCAAUGAAAGUACCUCAGCCGAAGCAGAUGCGGGACCGGCAUGUGAAAUACGCGGCUCCAGUAGGCUGUGUAAUCGACUGUCAGUCAAUCCAUCAUUGCAGUCACAUUAUAGGUGGCUGGCAGUGGUAUCCCUAGCUGUGUUAUAUAACAUCAUAUUUGUGGUGGGCCGUGCCGUAUUUUGGGAAAUUAAUCACCGUGCAACACCGGUUUGGUAUUUCCUCGACUAUUUAUGUGAUUUCAUUUAUUUGAUGGAUACGUUGGUGCACAUGCAUGAAGGCUACUUGGACCAGGGACUGCUGGUGCGUGAUGCCUACAAACUGAGACGACACUAUUUCUCCAACAAAGGCUGGUACAUCGAUGUGCUGUCAAUGCUGCCCACGGAUAUCUCCUACAUAUGGUGGUCACCGAGUAAAUGUGGUCCCACACUGCUGCCCUGUUCUGUGAUCGUACGCCUCAAUCGUCUCCUCCGGCUGCCACGCAUGUGGGAAUGGUUUGAUCGCACCGAAACUGCCACCAGUUAUCCGAAUGCCUUUCGUAUUUGUAAAGUCGUGUUGGCCAUUUUGGUCCUCAUCCAUUGGAAUGCCUGUAUGUAUUUCGUCAUCAGUUAUGCUUUGGGUUUUGGUACCGACAAUUGGGUCUACAAUCUGCAUGGCGAGCGGAACAGUACGUUGCAGCGUCAAUACAUUUACAGUUUCUAUUGGUCAACACUGACAUUGACGACAAUUGGCGAAACUCCAACACCGGAAAAUGAUGCGGAAUAUUUGUUUGUGGUUGCUGACUUUUUGGCUGGUGUUCUGAUAUUUGCCACCAUUGUGGGUAACAUCGGUUCCAUGAUUUCCAAUAUGAAUGUGGCCCGUGUCGAAUUCCAAAAUCGCAUGGACGGCGUUAAACAAUAUAUGGCCUUCCGCAAAGUGGGCCAUGAGUUGGAGGCACGCGUCAUACGAUGGUUUGCCUAUACCUGGUCACAGAGUGGUGCCCUCGAUGAGGAACGUGUUCUUGCCGCACUGCCGGACAAACUGAAAGCAGAAAUUGCCAUUCAAGUGCACAUGGACACCCUGAGACAAGUUCGUAUUUUCCAUGACACUGAACCUGGCCUCCUAGAGGCUUUGGUGUUGAAGCUCAAACUGCAGGUAUUCAGUCCGGGUGAUUACAUUUGCCGCAAAGGUGAUGUCGGCAAAGAGAUGUACAUUGUGAAACGUGGUAAAUUGUCGGUGGUGGCCGAUGAUGGUGUUACCGUCUUUGCCACCCUUGGUGCUGGUUCGGUAUUCGGUGAAGUGUCUGUACUGGAGAUUGCUGGCAAUCGUACGGGUAAUAGACGUACUGCCAAUGUUCGUUCCUUAGGCUAUUCCGAUUUAUUCUGUUUGGCUAAACGUGAUUUGUGGGAAACACUGGCCGACUACCCAGAGGCAAGGGCCACCCUGACGGAAAGGGGUUGUCAGCUGUUGCGUAAAGAUGGUUUGCUGGAUGAGCAAGUUUUUGCGGAUUCCCAACGCGUCCAUGACACCAUAGAGAGUGGCAUUGAAAAGUUAGAAGUUUCGGUGGAAAAUCUCAAUAUGCGUCUGGCACGUCUACUGGCCGAGUAUACGGCCAGUCAGGCUAAAAUGAAACAACGUUUGGCGAAGCUGGAACUGAAUUACCAAUUAACACAAAACAGUGCACUAACCGAACAACAUGCCCGACCACCACGCAGUGGCCGCUUGUAUUCACUGCAGCCGAAAAAACGUCCAAGGCCAAGACCAAUAACCGCUUCCAAGUCCAUCGAAAAUAAUAAACAGAACACAUUGUAAAAAUUGAUUUAGAAGGAAAUCCCUUGCGGCGGA